AUGGCUGGUGGUUUUUUCCGCUGCUGCCAAAAUGUCGUUUAUGAAAGAUUUUUUGUUGGCGUAUCCAGGGUUAAGCAAGCAUCAUUUACUUAUUGGUUCUUUGGUACUGGUUGGCCAGAAAAGCACAACUCCUUUGAUGAGUACACGGUUAAACCAGAUAAACAGAUGACAGCUCGUUGUGUGGGUCCGGACGCCGGAUAUAUGACUACCUCAGCCUGUGUUUUAGCCGCUGCACUGUCGCUGCUCAGUGAUGCCGAUAAACUUCCACAAGGCGGUGUAUACACAUCAGCGGCUGCAUUCAAAAACACAGGGAUCUAUGGUCGUCUCGAAAGAUAUGGUGUUCGAUUCGAAAUUGUUGACGAGCUUCACUGA